AUGGCUGCCCCCGCCCACAAGUUCAAGGUCGCCGACCUCUCCCUCGCCGCCUUUGGCCGCAAGGAGAUUGAGCUCGCCGAGAACGAGAUGCCCGGUCUCAUGCAGACUCGUGCCAAGUACGCUGCCGACCAGCCUCUCAAGGGCGCCCGCAUCGCCGGCUGCCUUCACAUGACCAUCCAGACGGCUGUCCUCAUCGAGACGCUGACCUCGCUCGGUGCUGAGGUCACCUGGACGUCGUGCAACAUCUUCUCCACCCAGGACCACGCCGCCGCUGCCAUUGCCGCCGCCGGUGUCCCCGUCUUCGCCUGGAAGGGCGAGACCGAGGAGGAGUACAACUGGUGCCUCGAGCAGCAGCUGACCGCCUUCAAGGAUGACGGCAAGCUCAACCUCAUCCUCGACGACGGUGGUGACCUGACUGCCCUCGUCCACUCCAAGUACCCCGAGAUGCUCAAGGGCUGCUACGGUGUCUCUGAGGAGACCACCACCGGUGUCCACCACCUCUACAAGAUGCUGAGGGAGGGCAAGCUCCUCGUCCCCUCCAUCAAUGUCAACGACGCUGUCACCAAGUCCAAGUUUGACAACCUCUACGGCUGCCGUGAGUCCCUCAUCGACGGCAUCAAGCGCGCCACGGACGUCAUGGUUGCCGGCAAGAUUGCCGUCGUUGCCGGUUUCGGUGAUGUCGGCAAGGGCUGCGCCAUGGCCCUGCACGGCAUGGGUGCCCGUGUCAUCAUCACCGAGAUUGACCCCAUCAACGCCCUGCAGGCCGCCAUGGCCGGCUACCAGGUCACCACCAUGGAGAAGGCUGCCGCGCUCGGCCAGAUCUUCGUCACCACCACCGGCUGCCGUGACAUUCUGACCGGCGAGCACUUCGAGGCCAUGCCCAACGACGCCAUUGUCUGCAACAUUGGCCACUUUGACAUUGAGAUUGACGUUGCCUGGCUCAAGGCCAACGCCAAGGCUGUCCAGAACAUCAAGCCCCAGGUCGACCGCUUCGAGAUGAAGAGCGGCCGCCACAUCAUCCUCCUCGCCGAGGGCCGUCUCGUCAACCUUGGCUGCGCCACCGGCCACUCCUCGUUCGUCAUGUCCUGCUCCUUCACCAACCAGGUCCUCGCCCAGAUCAUGCUGUACAAGAGCGGCGACAAGGCCUGGGGUGAGAAGUACGUCGAGUUCGCCAAGGCCGGCAAGCUCGAGGUCGGCGUCUACGUCAUCCCCAAGAUCCUCGACGAGGAGGUCGCUCGUCUCCACCUCGAGCACUGCAACGUCGAGCUCAGCACCCUCACCAAGGUCCAGGCCGACUACCUCAGCCUGACUGUCGAGGGUCCCUACAAGAGCGACAUCUACCGCUACUAA